AUGCCUGGUAGUUUGUCGGCACUUGGUUCUCGGAAGGCUUCAGUUUGCGUAUCAACCGCCUCGCCACAAUCGCCGUCUUGGCCAACAGUCGAAUCUCCACAAUCAUUGAACGGGAACGACCGUGCAGCAAUCGUCGAUCCGUACAAUAUGCCUUCAAACUCAUCUUCAGUGCAACAAGGGAGAGGCCACGCACCAGCAUCCAAUGAUGGAUGCCAGGGACUCAGCUUCACCACUCCCUCCGGGACGUUGCCGACCACACUGGAGUGCCACGUGAGAAGGCAAGCGACCCUUGCGAAGCAGACCCCAUACGAAAGAAAGCAUUCUGGAUUUUCUCCAGGAGAUACGGGUAUCCUCCUCGGACAAACAGACUUCCAAGCAACUUUAAACAGGCCUGGCGUAAAACGGUUUGCCUCGGUCCGUCUGCCUACCCGUGAAGAACAGCUUUCACGAAACGCAAGUUCGGGCAUAGGCAACAAGACAUGGGACAAAAUACGUAGUUGGGGCAAAAUAACGUUUGGAAAGGGCAAACGCGGAGACAGCAAAAAACCAAAUGUGGAGAACGGCCAAACGGGUCGAUGUCAAUCCGACGAGAUAGGCCAAGAUGCUGCUCAAGACCGGGAGACUGGCCGUGUUUUGCCACAACAGCGAGCAGGCCGACGCUACCUUGUCUCGCCUAGAAACUCGCUAGUCACGGUAGCUGCCGCAUCCUAA